GUCACGCAAUGAAACAACGGAAGCUAACGGAGCUGCUAGCCAGUUUUGUUUACAUUUUGCUCGAGCUGAGUAAAUGACUAUCUGGAGCAACAAUGUCUUCGCUUUCAUCUCAGAGAGAGUUCACCAACGACCCUUCACCUUCUGCUGAAGAAGCAUUAACUGACAUUAAGGAAAUCAUUGUAAAAUCCGAGGAAGAGAUCGAUGACAGCUUGGAUUUCAGCGAAAAAACCCAACUGAUCAUAAAACGUACAGACCUUCAACAUCAAAAUGUUAAGAAGGAGGAGGAUUUUUCUGACCAGGAGGAACCAGAGCCUCUCACAAUGAAAGAAGAACAGAGGGAGCUAGAAUAUCUGCAGAUAAAAGAAGAAGAGAAUGAGCUCAGCAUCAGCCAGGAUGAAGAACAACUUGUGGUGAAGAAGCAAGAGAUGAAAACCUUUCCUGCAUCUCCUACCAAUGUAGAAAUAAGCUGCAGUGAACCCGAACCAAACAGGGAGCAACUUGUCUCUCAGGACGGCUGUGAUGCUGAGAACCAUAAUCAGGAAGAAAGCAAUGAUGAAGACACAGAAAUAAGCAGCGAUGAAGAACCGAAACAAAAUAACAGACGUCAGAAAACCAGAGGGUAUGAUAACACUUCUGACAAAUUAAAACAAGUAGAGCAGAAGAAAAGUCACAAAGAUAAAAAUCUGUAUUCAUGUACAAUGUGUGAUAAAUUGUUUUCUCAAAAGACUCACUUGAUCUACCACAUGAGAACGCACACAGGUGAGAAGCCUUUCUCAUGCAAGUUUUGUGGAAAAUGUUUCAGUCGUGAAAGUAUUGUGAACAAUCACCUGAGAAUCCAUACAGGCGAAAAGCCCUUCUCAUGUCUGACCUGUGGAAAAAGUUUCACUCUCAAACAUAAGUUAACGGAUCACAUGAGAAUUCACACAGGUGAGAAACCGUUUCCGUGCGACGCUUGCGAUAAAUCUUUUAAUCUAAAAAGCAAUCUGAAGCAGCACAUGAGAAUCCACACGGGCGAGAAGCCUUUCUCAUGUGUGACCUGCGGUAAAAGUUUCAGUCAAAGAAGUCAGGUAACGCUUCACAUGAGAAGUCACACGGGUGACCGACCUUUUUCAUGCGUGACCUGUGGGAAAAGUUACAGCCACAAAGGUCACCUAACUGAUCACAUGAGAACUCACACAGGUGAGAAGCCAUUUUCAUGUCUGACUUGUGGAAAAAGUUACAGUCAGAAAGGCCAUUUGACAGUUCACAUGCGAAUUCACACAGGUGAGAGGCCGUUUCCAUGUAGCACCUGUGGAAAAACCUUCAGUCGAAGAAGUCGUUUAAAAAAGCACAUAAGAAUUCACACAAGAUAGAAGUCCUGUGCGACCUGUGGGAAGUGUCUCAGUUUUAGGAGCUAAGAAGCAUUUUAUACAGCUGUGAACUUUAAAUCAUCCCCACACAUAUUUUUUUCUGAUUUUGCUUUUUGGUUACUUAAAUGCAAAAAUUUGUACCAUCCGUGUCUCAAUAAUGUUCACUUGAAUGCAUCUCUAAUGAAUGAACAGGUCUUCAGAACAGUCUUGUGUUUGUAAAUAUGUCUCAUUUUCCAUCUUGGUUGUUGAAUGCAAGUAAGUUGAUGAUGUUAUUAAAUCUAUGUAACUUUGCUUUACAGCACAUAACAGAACAAUCACAGCGUUGCACUGGAGACCAGUUGUAUUUGUAGAGUUUUAUUUAUGAAACAUACAAAUAAAUAAUAAAAAUCAUUACUGUA